ACAAGAAAGGCGUUCGGAAAGCAAAAGAAUCACCGAGGCAUGAAUAAUGUCGUGAUCGUAAGCUUUGCUUCAGUAAUUCGUGCGGAUUUACCUCUGCGCUAAAUGCUCGAUCAACCCUGAUGCGGUCACACGAAAUGAUCUCCGACAUACAUAGAUGAAUUCGACUCGUGUACAAUCUACCAGCGUGCGAAAGUGCGAAGCUUCCUAAUUGAGAGAAACCCCGGCUGCUAUAUUGUCUCUUGCGAUAAAUAAUCUAGGAUUUCGCCUUUCUGUAAGCUGCGAAGUCCCAUUCUGUCGAUAUGGCUAGCUCUGCAAGAAGUUCUCGUACGCCUAGCGUAGACCCCGAGUCGAUCAGUAUGGAUUUUCGACCACCAUCUGCUAUGAAGAAAGAACGUUCGUUCUCUCAAGUUGAUACUCGACUCAAAAAAGGCUGCAUUCCCUUGUUCUUCGAACGUGCCUCUUCCAAAUGGUGGAAUCCAAGCUUCGAUUCCAAAAUCUUGGAAGAGGAAUUCCAAAGAUUUACGUUUACUCACAACAAACGAAGACUAAUUCGUGCUUUAUUUUUCAUAUUAGCAGCCGCCGGUGCCUGGGCCAUCUUCUUUGGCGCCUUCUAUUCGGAAAGGACUCAUUACUGGAAAAUUCUCCUUGGGGAUUUGGUGUUUAUGAUUGUGGUUGCUGCACUUAUACUGUUUACAAAAUACUGCAACUUGUACAAGAAGUGUGCAGCGUAUAUUUCGUUGUUUACUUCCCUGUGGCUAAUAACGGCCGAGCUCGCCACAUACACAUUUCUGGAGGAGUUUUCGAUCACAGCUCGCUUCUCCGUUUGCACAUGUUUUAUUUUGGUCAUCUACACAAUGCUCCAUUCUCUUAGACUGUACAUUUGUAUUUUUAUCACAGUGGCUUUUUCUAUCGCCCAUGAAGUGCUCUAUGCGUUUUUCGGCAAUUCAAAGGGACAGCGUUUAAAAGGACAAGGCGAAGAGAUCGCUAGUAUUGUUUUGCUACACGCUUGCAUUCAUCUGAUUGGAAUCUCGAUCUUUUUCAUGGCUCAGGUUCGCGAGAGAAGCACAUUUUGGAAAGUUGGACAGAGUUAUGUCGCUCGCCGCGAUUUAGAGAUCGAAAAGCAAGUAAAAGAACGAAUGAUUCGCUCGGUGAUGCCUGAAAUCGUUGCAGAUUCCCUGUUGAAUGUUGACGACGAAGAUGAAAAUAAAAACGGCAACGGCCGUGAAAUGGGCAACGGAAAGCGAAAACACAAGAAAGCGAAAAUGGUUUUCAGACCAUUCCAAAUGCAUCGUAUGGAAAACGUGAGCAUACUCUUUGCCGAUAUUGUAGGCUUCACCAAGAUGUCUUCUAACAAAUCGGCAGAUCAACUUGUUCGAUUGCUCAACGAUUUAUUCGGACGUUUUGACCGUUUAACCGAGUAUAAUCAUUGUGAAAAGAUAAGUACAUUAGGCGACUGCUAUUACUGUGUGGCUGGCUGUCCAAAACCCACCCCCAAUCACGCCACUUAUUGCGUGGAAAUGGGCCUUGAUAUGCUGGAACAAAUAAAAGAGUUCGAUAAUGAUACAGAUAACGAUGUGGAUAUGAGGGUUGGUGUUCAUACUGGAACAGUCCUUUGUGGGAUUGUUGGAACCAAGAGAUUCAAAUUUGACGUGUGGUCGAAUGAUGUUACACUUGCUAACCGUAUGGAAACCGCUGGUCUCCCUGGCAGAGUCCACAUAACGGAGGCAACUGUUGGCUUUCUGAGGGAUCAAUACAUUGUUGAGAAUGGCCAUGGAGAAACCAGAAAUGCUGCUUUGAAGGGUAUCACCACAUAUUUUAUUGUUGGUCGAAAGAAUGGGAUGAAAAAACCCAUUGAGCUUUUGAAUGCUAAUAACCAGAGCAAAACACCUGCUCCAAUCCAAGCAAACACAAAACAGUCAAGUCCAAAACCCAAGAAGCAUGUCAAGAUAUCUGAAGAUAUCUCAACUUCAGAGCGUGCAUUCAGCUCAGAUUCAAAUAUGUCGGGACAGGAGGAGUCAGUAUUUGAGAACGGCCCUCGAAAGGGUAACUUGAAAAGCACUCGUCAAGACACGGUUGAGAUGGAUUAUCUAAGUUCUGAUGGAGGAAACUUAGGCUCUGAUUGCGAAGAUGAAGACAGCCAAACAAUGCUUAAGAAGUUUGCACGAAGAUUUUCUCAACAGGCUUUUCUUGCACUAUCAUUACCAGAGGCACUGAUGCGGGAGACCCUAAGAACAUCGAACGAUCAGCAGCUUGUUCAUUUAAUGAGUGAGCAGGGUGUUGGUGAUGAAUACUUUCAUGCACCUGUCUCUACGUGUACGCUACAGUUCUACGAUAAAGAACUAGAGCAGCAGUAUCAGAAUGAGGGGCAAGACUCAACCCUCUUGAAUCCGUCAGUCACAACAUUUGCUUCACCUAAAGUGAAUUUCUUCACUGAUGUCUUGUUGUCUAAUAUUGUGUUCUUUACUAUCUGUGUUUUGUGUUUCUUACUGUUUAAUCCUGUAUCUCUAAGUAUGAUGGUAUUAACACCUCUAGCUUUCAUUGUUGAAAUCACACUCUUCUUUCUGAACUUUGCCAGAGCUUUUCCCCGCCGCUUUCCUCAGUGGUUCCAUCCACUUGUUAAGAACACUUCUGGCUGGUUCACAAGCCACAUCGUAGGUGCAUUGCUCAUGUGCCUUCCUAUGGCUACAGUUUUUUCCAACUUUAUGGACUGCUCACAACUUGCAGAUAACAAUGCCAGAAACUUUUUCUCCUAUAUUGUUGCAGUGGCUCUCUUGCACUUCUGUAAUUUCACACAACUAACCUCAUGGAUGAAGACAAGUCUGGCGGCAGUGUUCACAGUGACGUAUAUUAUACUUCUGCAAUUUGAUGAUUUCUGUGUCAGAGCUGCUCCCAUGACAACAGAAGGGUCAAGGAUGGCAAAGGAGGUCACUGCCGCCUUGGUUCUAUUAUGGCUUCUUGUUGCAUUGUUGAAUCGACAACUUGAAAUGGGAGUAAGAAGGAACUUUAGUGGGGAUGCAGAGGCGGCUAAGGUGAAGAAGAAGUCACAGGUGCACAAGCAACAGGCAGACUGGCUUUUGUUGAGCUUGUUUCCAAAGCACGUCUCAGAAGCACUUAAGACAUCAGACCAUUAUUCAAUGAAUUACAACAAUGCCGGAGUAAUGUUUGCCUCCAUCGUGAACUUCUCAGAUUUUUACGAAGAGAACUUUGAAGGUGGAAAAGAGUGCAUCCGGGUUUUGAAUGAACUCGUAGGUGAUUUUGAUGAGUUAUUGGAUAAUAUUGAAUAUAUGGAGGUUGAGAAGAUAAAGACCGUGAAUGGAUCAACAUUCAUGGCUGGAGCUGGUCUCAACCAAGAGGACAACAUCAGAAGAGAAAUCCACCCCUAUGAACACUUGAAACAGCUAGUGGAGUUCGCAUUAGAGAUGUUCAAUGUAGUUGAUCGAUUUAACGAACACAUGCUAGGAUUUAAAUUCAAGCUUCGAAUCGGUUUCAAUGCUGGGCCAGUAACAGCUGGAGUAAUUGGAACGACUAAACUACUAUAUGAUAUUUGGGGGGACACUGUGAACCUUGCAAGCCGAAUGGAUUCCACUGGAGUUCCUGAGAAGAUACAAGUCAGCGAAUCAACCAAAGAAAUGUUGAAUGACUUCUUCAUAUUUGAGAGACGAGGGACCAUUCCUGUUAAAGGGAAGGGAUAUGUCACAACAUAUCUCUACCUUGGCAGAAACAAGGUUCCUGGUGAGACAACCUUAUGAUGUAUAGAAGACAAUAUAAUUGCUACAUAAUUCUUUAGGUAGGAAUAUAACAACAGUAAAACAUAUACAAGACAUUUAUUAAAUUGCAACUAGCUCGACUGUGCUAAGUGGUUGUACAAUUGAGGGUGGUUACUCAAUACAUGAUGGUAGCUGCUUAAUUCAGUUACCAAUGCAGCUGUGUUAAAUACCAUUUCUCAUAUGUUUACAAAAGAUCAGACACAGAACCCAAGUAAGUAGAUACCAAAAGCACCUUAUGUUAAACAUGGGAUUUUCCCCUUAUUGCCAGCUUUACUGAUUCAUGACAUUCAAGCUUACAAUGUCAAAGUCAGGUUAAUAAAUCCCUGAACUAACUUAUUUAAUUCCUAGAGCAAUAUUUUAAGUAUCUAGUUCAUUUAAUUCUUGAUGAUUGGUCUUGUAUGCCGUCUUAUUUUCAUCCAUUUUAAGUAAUUUGACAUUGAUAAAAUGUCUGUUGGCACAUUUAACCAUACCAAAUUUAAACUUUUAUUCAGCUUUGUUGCCCUUAUUUUCCUUGAAACCAUUGCCAAAGAUUGUAAUGUGUCUAGUUUUCUUACAGAGAAUAGCAGUUACUCAAACAGAACCUACCACUAAAUGUUAUAUAUCAACGAUAUAAUUAUAAAAAAAGAAUAAUGAUGACAUAUUAACAUAAAUAAUGCAUAAUACAUUUGUAUAUUAUGAUAAUAUAAAGAGCAUUCUCUGUCCAGGUCCAGACCUUAAAAAUCUAUCAUAGUUGUAUCUCUAGAUCUUUUCUAAAUUAAACUAAAACUAUUGAAAAUAGAUUUAUCAUAAAUACUCAGUAAAGGCCAAUAAAAAACAUAUGAUAAUAGUAAUCUCACUGUAGAUUAUAUUUAGCAAAGUUAGAUAACUACUAGAAUAGAGUAUUUUAGGAAAUUAUAUUUUUGCUGAAUUUCUUCUAAGGAUUAAAAAUUUUAGUAAAUAAAAGUUGCCUUACAAUAGGAAAUUUACAACACAAUUUAUCAAUCUGAUUUUGAACUGUACUUUUUUUGCAUUUCUCGAGUGGUGGGAUAUGUCAGCUUUGUGUUUCCUUUUAUUAUGUGAACCUUAAAUGAAUUUAGUUUUAAGUUGAUAAUCUGCUUUGUGAAUUUCCAAUAAAGCAUUUUAUAUGCAUUUGAAGAUAAUAUAGAAAUAGAAAUGAUAAUAUUAUAAUGCAGAUAAUAUAGUACGAGUAAUCAUAAUAAAGUAAUGGUAAUGAUAAUGUACAGAUUAGCAAAUAAAAUAUUUGUUUAAAUUUUUGUCUUCUUAGUAGGUGUGGCCCCUAAAAUAUACGAAAACGCUCCUUUAUAACAAGAGAGCAUUUUUCAAAUGUUGAUAACUCAACUAGUCAAAUCUAAAACAUUGUAUAAUAUUGUAUUUCUCAGGGGCAGAUCCAGGACUCCCAAAAAAUGAAGGGGAAGCGAUAGUUUCAAGAAAAUAGGGUCUGAUUCAUAAUUAUUCUAUCGAUUUCCUGUUAUUUCUAAGCCAAAUAUAGUUAAGGUUGGGGCCCACUUGGCAAACCCCUAGAUCCUAGAUCGGCCCCUGUCUCCUGCUGCUAUUUCAGAAGACCAUGUUUAUUAUGUUGCGUGAUGAGGUAUUUGACUGCAAGUUCAGCAACCAUCGCAAUGUUGUUCAGUUAUCACUUUGAGGUGACUGAAUUGCAUCUAAAAUUUUGUAUCCAUUUUGUUUUCACUGUAAAUUUCAUAUCAUUGUGAAUUUACGCUUCUGUUUAUUUAAUCCCAUAAGGGACAAUUCAUAUUUGAUCAAGACAAAAAAAUGAAAAUGAUUCUGGAUGUCAAAUACGCCAUAACGCAUAAUGCCCCUCUUUGUCAUAAUCUUUUUAACAUAUGAUCAAAAUUACAGGAAAUUCUUAGGAGAAUUGAAGCCUCCAUUAGAAAUUGUUUUACGAUUUUUUAUACAACCUAGUAGAGCUUCGUCUGAGUAAAGCUCAGUAGAUGUUGAUGAACAUAUAUAUGCUUGUAAUAUUGUGAAAUCAAAUGAAGUGUCUAGCCACACUAGGACACUAGCUUAUUUAUGCAAAAGAGGCUCAACCAGUGCAAGAUUAGAAAGGGUGUUUGAAACUGCAAAACUAUUUGAAAAAUUAUGGAAAACUGACAAUAGGAACAACGUAGGUCAAGGCUGUGAUAAAUCGCCCAAAAACUGAAACAAACACCACACUGGUACUGAAACCACACCUAUCACCUAUACACCUUUGCAUUGUCAUUUUACACUUUAUGAUACUGUUGUUUUCUCUCAAACAAAAGAUAAUUUAAAGCAAGAGCUGGUUGAGACUCCAAUCAGAUACUAUUCAAGGUAGAAAUUAUAUUAUAUAUUAGAUGAAAGAAAAUAAAAUAAUGAUAAAACAGAAAAA